AUGGAGGUCCGACCAGAGAGAUUUAAGGCGUUCGCGGGAAAGACUCUUGGAAAAAUACACAGGGUGUUGGAGAAGCGUCAGGCCAAUGGCGAGACCAUUGAACUAUCAGCGGAAGGGCGGCCGGAGCUGGUGGAGGAAAAGGAGUUGCCCAUAGUGGACUGCACCUGCUUUGGCCUGCCACGACGCUACAUCAUUGCCAUCCUGUCCGGCAUCGGCUUCUGCAUUUCCUUUGGCAUCCGCUGCAACCUGGGAGUGGCCAUCGUCAGUAUGGUCAACAACCACACCAUCAUAAGGGACAACAAGCAAAUACUUCAGAAAGCCCAGUUCACCUGGGACCCCGAGACAGUGGGGAUGAUUCAUGGCUCUUUCUUCUGGGGCUACAUAGUCACGCAAAUCCCUGGGGGGUUCAUCUGUCAGAAAUUUGCUGCUAACAGAGUUUUUGGGUUUGCUGUAGUGGCAACCUCCACCCUCAACAUGUUCAUCCCAACGGCAGCACGCAUUCACUAUGGCUGUGUCAUCAUGGUCAGGAUAUGUCAGGGACUUGUGGAGGGUGUAUCAUACCCUGCCUGCCAUGGGAUCUGGGCAAAAUGGGCGCCGCCUCUUGAGAGAAGCCGAUUGGCUACAACAGCAUUUUGUGGUUCCUAUGCUGGAGCUGUAAUAGCCAUGCCAUUAGCAGGUGUGUUGGUCCAGUACACAGGGUGGUCUUCAGUCUUCUACGUCUACGGCAGUUUUGGGAUUUGCUGGUACCUCUUCUGGAUCAUGGUGUCAUAUGAGAGUCCGGCAGCUCAUCCUACCAUCUCUCCAGAGGAAAGGAAAUACAUAGAGGAAAGCAUAGGGGAGUCAGCAGGCCUGGUGAACCCCCUCCAGAAAUUCAACACCCCUUGGAGACAUUUCUUCACCUCUAUGCCAGUUUAUGCCAUUAUUGUGGCCAAUUUCUGCCGUAGCUGGACCUUCUACCUGCUGCUCAUUAGUCAACCAGCAUACUUCGAGGAGGUGUUUGGGUUUGAGAUCAGUAAGGUGGGGAUGCUUUCAGCCCUGCCCCACCUGGUGAUGACCAUCAUUGUGCCCAUUGGGGGCCAGCUGGCUGACUACCUGCGGACGCAUCACAUCAUGACAACCACCAAUGUCAGGAAACUCAUGAACUGUGGAGGAUUUGGAAUGGAAGCCACUCUGCUAUUGGUAGUUGGUUUUUCUCACACAAAGGGCGUGGCCAUAACCUUCUUGGUCCUGGCUGUUGGCUUUAGUGGCUUUGCUAUCUCAGGAUUCAAUGUGAAUCACCUGGACAUUGCCCCCCGCUAUGCCAGUAUUCUUAUGGGCAUCUCCAAUGGAGUGGGCACUCUCUCAGGCAUGGUGUGCCCCCUUAUAGUGGGUGCUAUGACCAAACACAAGACAAGGGAAGAGUGGCAGUAUGUCUUUCUCAUAGCUUCCCUUGUUCAUUAUGGAGGGGUUAUCUUCUAUGGUAUUUUUGCCUCAGGAGAAAAGCAAUGGUGGGCAGAGCCAGAGACCACCAGUGAUGAAAAAUGUGGUAUCCUCGAUGAGGAUGAGCUAGCCAAUGAAACAGAAGAGUUGUAUCGCACUGGUGGGGGAGGGCAGUAUGGAGCAAUGAGUCAGCCCAGUAUAGACCCCAACGGAGGAGGAGGUGGAGGAGAAGGAGGGUGGGCCACAGACUGGGACAAGACUGAGGAGUAUGUGCAGCCUCCAGGAUCCAACAGCUAUCUUUAUGGGGGAGAGGAAGAAAGAGAGCUAACAUAG